GCGGCGUGACCAGGAUGACCGUCUCCCUGGUGGUCAUCAUGUUCGAGCUCACUGGCGGGUUGGAGUACAUCGUCCCCCUGAUGGCCGCCGCCGUCACCAGCAAGUGGGUGGCGGACGCCUUCGGGAAGGAGGGCAUCUACGAGUCGCACAUCCAUCUCAACGGCUACCCCUACCUGGACGUCCGGGACGAGUUCACCCACCGCACACUGGCUACGGACGUGAUGCGGCCCCGCAGGAACGACCCGCCUCUGGCCGUCCUCACCCAGGACACCACCACGGUGGAGGACGUGGAGACGCUGAUCAAAGACACCGACUAUAACGGCUUCCCGGUGGUCGUGUCCAGAGAGUCGGAGAGGCUCAUCGGCUUCGUUCAGCGUCGAGAUCUCACCCUCGCCAUCAAAAACGCCCGCCAGAAGCAGGAUGGCGUGGUGAGCAGCUCGGUGGUCUACUUUACCGAGGAUGCGCCGCAGCUGCCGGCCAGCAACCCGCAGCCGCUGAAGCUGCGCCGCAUCCUGAACCUCAGCCCCUUCACUGUCACCGACCACACGCCCAUGGAGACGGUGGUGGACAUCUUCCGCAAGCUGGGCCUCCGCCAGUGUCUCGUCACCAGGAGCGGGCGUCUGCUGGGCAUCAUCACCAAGAAGGACGUCCUGCGGCACAUGGCCCAGAUGAUGAACCAGGAUCCAGAGUCCAUCAUGUUCAAUUAGAGGGACCAGCUUGACCCCGGCGGCGCUGUAAAUAUGUGAAACCGGUGCAACACUACUGUACUGCAACCUGUGACGUGAAGUCCCUCCCUCCUCCUGACAGGCAAGUCCCAACCCAACGCAGAGAAAAUGUAACCAGAGGCAGAAAACUUUAGAUUUCAGCUUAAGUCGUCGCUUUCACACGUCAAACACUGAAAAAAUCCAAUGCAGGCUGAAGGGAGAAAAAAGAAAAAAGUGGAGAGCUGUUGAAGCGAUAAACGCUUUAUGGAGGACAAAAAAGCAUCAAUGAAUACAUUUAUAAAUAACGACAGAAAUGUUUAAAUACAGAAAGAAAUAAACGAAGAAAAGAUAAUUCUAGAAAUAUAUAAAUUAAUGAAUAAAUAGAUGUUGAAAUAAACAGAUAAAUGCAUAAAUGAAUGAAA